GACUCGCCGUAGAUUUUUUUAUUGGCUCACUCAUUUGCAUGCCGGUAGUGCUCUGACUGACCUUUCGUCGGCUUCUCGAACUGAGGUGUUUCAGUAGCUAAUCAGGAUCAACGUUGCGCUUUGUGCCAAAAUGACCGAGGUUCAAUGUGACUGAAAAGGUCAAAUGAAGAUCAUGUAUCGUCGAACGAUCACGUUUCCUGGGAUUGCUGUGGCGACGGUUGUUGGGGUUGUAGGUGGGGUUUAUAUUUACAAACCCAUGUUCAGACCGCCCAACAAGAAUGUGACCCACUCUGCUAUGAACCAAGACGAAGAAAGUGUGGACCAGAGCGGGGAUAAUAAAACCAAACAAGUAACGUCGGAUUAAUCAACAUCUCAAUGGACUGCAAAUUGUUCCUCAACGGACAACACUUGAUAAUAUCUUUCUUGGCCUGAGAGUUGGCAAACUAUGGCAGUCCUGAUUGAAGAGCCAUAUAGUCGACUCAGUUUGACACUCUCAAUUUGAAAAUUACGCUUGAAAUUGCGUGACUCCGUGGUCUCCAACCCUGGUCCUGGAGAGCUACAGUAUCUGCUGGUUUUUGUUGUUACUCUGCACUUAAUUAAUCAAUUAGAGCAGUUGAUUACAGUUAACUCGCCUCACCUAGUUACCUGGCUGUCAACAGGGUGCUGAUUUUAAGGUGAAAACAAAAACCAGCACACCCAGUAGCUCUCCAAGACCACUGAUGUAACUGAUUUUAACAAGCUCUGACUAUUUUUUUAAUUAGGUGCUUUUCUGUAAAUUGAUUAUUUACCUUAAACUACAUUAUGCCAUAAAUAGCUUUACAAUGGCAUGAAGAAUAAAAUGAUUAAUAAUGUGCUUACUGCAUCGUCUUGCAAACGAUUACACCAGAAGAGGUAACAAAAGACUUAGGUUAACUAAUAGGCUAAUAAAGCACCUAAUUAAGAAAAAUGAACAGCUUGUUAAAAUAUUUGGGUUGCAAUUGUGAUUGGAACGAAAACCAGCAUACACGUGUACUGCAGGACGAACCGCUGCACUAGAUCAACAAUGUAUGAUGGAAAUGAGGUUUGCCGAAGUGUUUUACAAAACCAUGUCAUGUAUUGUAUAGUUCCACUGGAUGGCACUAUCGUCAAUGCGUACUUCUAUGGUUCACUCAGUUUCUGGUGACCAUAACCUACCUGCUGUAAAUUAGGUGUAUUUUGGUAUUAAAGAUUUGCAGUUGUCA